AUGCAUACCUUGCAAGCCACUGCCGCGUCGUCAUUGUCGCUCCCGGCGGAGAGCUAUAUCUAUUCAAUUGCAAAGUCUGGGCCAGGCAGCUUUGCAGCAAUCAGCUCGGAUGACUCCCUGAGAGUCUUUGAUGCUGCGAACCUGGACCAGGUCACAGUGGUUUCUGCCAAGACUCACGAAGCGGGCGUGACAUCGCUUCGAAGCUAUGCGACUGGGGACUCGCAGCUGCUGGUGACGGGUGGGCGCGAGGGAAAGGUGAAGCUGUGGGAUGUCCGGGCGAAGAAGGCGAUUAUGGAAAUGGAAACGGGAACAAACUCGCUGACCACUGCAUGUCUGUAUCCAGCGAGACACGCCCCAGUCCUUUCUGUGGCCUGCAACCCCGAGAACAAUAUCAUUGUCUCAGGAACUGAAUUGCUGUCAUCACAAGCGGUGGUCGCUUUCUGGGAUAUUAGAUCACCACAGACACCAAGGCUUCAAUACGUAGAAAGUCACAACGACGACAUCACAGAGCUCCAGUACCACCCAACACGCAGCAACAUUCUACUAUCCGGCAGCACGGAUGGGCUGGUUAAUGUCUAUGACACCACCAUCGCCGACGAAGACGAUGCUCUUGUGCAGGUCAUCAACCACGGGUCCGUCCAUCACGCAGGGUUCGUCUCAGAGCGAACCAUCUAUGCUCUCAGCCAUGACGAGCAGUUCUCGAUACACCCAGCCACGGACCCAGACGAUGCCGCUCAGGACCCUGAGCCUGUUCAUUUCGAUGAUGUUCGGGAGCCUCUGGGCUGUGAAUACGUCGUUCAGCUCUGCGUUGGCACACAGGGCCCUUAUCUUGCUGCUGGAAACAAGGCACAAUUGGAACUUGUUCCUCUUGUGUCCACUCCGAAUUGGCGCUUCGACAUGGACAAUCUGUGGCGUCUUCCCGGUGCUCACGGCGAAGAAGUUGUGCGAUCAGUCUAUCUGGACGAACAGAGCCAAGCGGUCUUCACUUGUGGCGAGGACGGCUUUGUGCGCGCUUGGAGACCCGUCGAUGGAGCUAGCCAGGAUGUGCAGGGCCCGGCGUCUUCAGCAAAGGUACAGCGACCCAAAGAGAAGAAGCAGAAGGAUCGCUUCAAGCCUUAUUAG